UGUGUUUUCGCAUUGUAAGCGGAUUGCUCCAAGCAUCUUACAUUGUUACAAAAACGUUUUUGCUAUUCAAUAAUGCAACAUUCUGUACAUUUAUUUGUAUAAGCAUUGUGAGAAUAAAACAAAAAGACAAAAGGUGUUAAACCAAAAGCGUGCUUUGGCAUGUGUUAGCAAGUGUACAUAAAUACAUACAUCUAUAUUUGUUUGGUAAUAUAUGUUUACAUCCAUGUGUAUAAAUAAAUUUUCGGCAAAGUUGCUGAUUACGCUUUGAACGAGCGCAACAAUUUGUGAAUUUUGUGAAUGAAUUUGGCACAAAUCGCUACGUAAACAUCAGAGCAUAAAUUUUGUUAAAAUACAUCCAUACCUACAUAUAUACUGCAUAUGUCCAUAUGUGUUAGACAAAGUGCUAGAAUCGCCGAGUGAUAAGUUUUAGCAGCAUCACACCGUAUACUAUUAUGACACAUAAAUACGCGGCUGCCACAACGCGUGUAGUGAUUUCUUGUUGUUGAGACAAAAUAACAUAAAAAAUAUUUGCGUACAAUUGUUGUAUGUAGCGCCGAAGUGUUUCGUAAAAGUGCAAAUCAAACAACGCGAAAACGAAAAUCUCAAAGGCGACGAUUUGGUCAUAAAACACAAGAGUUAUGAUUUUCGAACACAUCGCCUUGGUAUGAUGCAAUGUGCAAAUGUUGUUAGUGUAGUGUUAUUUUUAUUGCAAACCUGCGCGCCAACAACGAAGGUAAGCGUAACGUUGCUAAGGCAACUAGCAAACCGUGUGACAAGCAUUUGCUGCUGCUCGGAGCAGCAGUAACAAUAAUACAAAGUAAAUAAAAAUACAAAUUACAAAUAAAAGUAAGAGAAGACACCACAUACUACCAGUGUAUUGGGGAAAAAAGUAAAAGCCAAAGCCAUAAAUACCCUCCGCGGGCUAUAAAAAGAUCAAAGAUCUCUGCAAACACAGCCAGGCAAGCACACCGCCGCCAUGGCGCGCUCCAACGUCAACAUUAACCACAUCAACAACGACACCAGUGACAACAAGCCAAGUGGCAAGAAGCGUACGCCGUUGUCAUGGCACAUCCUUGCACUAUUUGCUAUGCUUUGUUGCAACGCAGCACUGCCAGUAGCGGUCGCCACUGCUGCGGACGCAAGCAUUGACAGCAGCACCGAAGCAAUUGUGGAUGCUGUCUCGUCGGUGGCUGCCGUCGACGACAGCGUUGGCGUGGCUAAGAGGUCUGCAGAAGACCCACAACUGCUGCAUGUCUUCCGACAUCAGGAACACUAUUCGCACCGCAUUGAGCAGGCCGUGAACGACUUGAAACGCACGCAAUUGCAACAGCAACUUAGCGGAAAUUAUAGCAACACUACUGCUAACAACGUUGAUGGCAGCGUUAAUGGCGACAAUAGUGGUACUAUCGACAAUGACAACAACUACAACAACAACAACUUUAUGCAUUACCAGUCCCAACUGCAGCCACGUACGUCAGAACACUUGCGUCAUCACAAUCAGCGGCAUCACUCUGUGGCACCAGUCAACGCCUGGGAACGUUACCUACUACCACCUUUACGCCAUCAACGCCAUCAGCAGGAACGUCAGCAAAAUCAACAACCCGAGUAUACAGCAGAUGCAACUAUAGUGGUAACAAGCGCACCAUUAAUGCCGCCGGUGGCACCUAUAGCCACCGAGUUGGUUAACGAUGCCGCUGCCGUCGCUACAACUAAUGAGCAGGCCAAUAUAUUGCCGGCCAUAACGCGCUCGGCCAACGACAGUAGCUUACAGCAGCAUAUAAAACCGCAUCGUUACUUCGAUCGUGAUGGACUCUACCAAUCGGUCUCUUAUAUCUGGACAACAAGAGGUCCGCGUGUGCGCUCGGACGCGAAUUAUUGGCGUACAAAAGAUUUUCGAAGCACCCACUUGUCUGGCGGUGGUAAACAAACAGAUAGUCAGCGGAUUUCGCUCAAUCUAAACGCCGACUCGGAAGACGAGUCAAACACACACGAAGCGGUUGCGGCAAGUGAGAAGUAUAAAUCGAAUGAGCCGCGUAUAAAUGCUGGUGCAGACAAUGACAGUGAAAUUGUUAAUGACGACAACGAUAGCAGUAGUGAUGAUUACGAUGAUUAUUCGUAUGAGGAGGACUCAACGGAGGCGGCGCAAAGUGCAAAUGAAUUUCCCAACGUUAACAACAUGUAUGAUGGCGAACAUCGCAGCGCCGUAAAACGUUACACCAAUCCAUUUAACGAUUUGCGCUUGCCACCCAAGAAGCGCGACUAUUCACCGCACCCAUAUAUGUCGUUGCGCCGGCGCACCGUAUCGGGCGGCAAUGCUGGCAAUACAUAUGCUAAUUUCGGUGUCGACUCCGUUGAUGACAAUAGUGAGAUGGACUUUUCUAGCGAAAAGUGGCAGCGCAUUCGGCAAGAGCACCAUCGCAAGCAACAAGAACAUCAGCGUCGAAUGAUGGCUUUGCGUGCCCGUCAUGAUGCUAAAUACAGCGCUACAGCGGCAGCUGCUACGGCAACGCCGUUGAUUAUGGCUGCGGCGGCAGCACCAGCUACGCAGCAGCGCCAGAAUGAUGAUGAGGACGCUAAUAAUAUCAAUUCGCAAUACUAUGUUCCCGGCACAUUGACACGUCAAAAACAGGAGGAAUUGGGAACGCCAGACGCCGUACAGGAAACACGACGCUCACAUGUCAAACAUAAGCAYGAAAAAGCUUUGGCCAGCGAACACGUUAAGCAAAUUCGUAGCGAAGCCGCUUGUCGUGUACCACAACGACGCGUCGAACGCAUACAGCGCGACCCCUCAAAGACCUACACGCCGCACUGUACGGUGCUCCACCGAUGCACCGACGAGACUGGUUGUUGCCGCAGCGAACGUCAAACGUGUGCACCGAAACGCACAAAAAACGUCGAUUUGUAUUUCUAUGUACAGAGCAUCAAUGAAAAGGGUGGCACCGUUGAACGUUUAACAUUCGUUAAUCACACAGAAUGUCACUGUGUGGACAAGACGCGACAACAGGUCGACGAAUACCACAAUAUGGCAAUGUAUGACAUGACCUAUGGCGGACAGACAAUGCGACAYGCAACGAUAGUCAACUGUAAUUGCCCCAAAUUGUAUGAGAAAAUAUUGCAAGAAGACGGCUUUUGUCGCUGCGAUUGCUCGUCUGGCAACACCGGCUGUGACUGGCUCAAACGCGGCAUGGAGCAUUUCUCGAUGAUCGAUCGCAAAUGCAUAAGCGAGGGCCGCUGUAAGCUGCCCACAUGUGAGCACGGCAACUACAUCAAAAAGUUUGGACGCUGUCCGCGGCGCGAGGAGCAGUUGCCAGCCGCCUUGACUGAGCCGAUGAUGAUGGCGACGAACGCGCUCUCCAACAGUGAUUACCAUUGAAACGAAAUAUUCAUUAGACAUGCAUUUUAUUGCAAAAUGAAAUGAAACUAAAAUUAAGUAUUAAUAACUUUUAAUAAUUAAUAUAAUUAAUUUAUUCGAUACAAAUUAGACGAAACUACUUAUAAAGGAUGGGAAUACGAGUGCGAAGAAAUUCAAAUUCAAAAAAAAAAAAAAAAAAAAAAAAAAAAAAUUAAUGGCGAAUUUGUUGGAGUUAAAUGGAGGGAGAAUUGAAAUUUUUUUGAAGAAAAUACUCAAAAGAGAUAACGUACAAUAAUAAGCAGCAAAAUGAAAUUUAUGCAUUAAUAAUUAAAUGUGAUUUAAAAUUUUAAACUUAAACUCGCAUAAGUCAAGAAUACAUACUUUCCAGUUUGAUGCAAAACGUAUGCAUACAUUAUAUAUCGUCACUUAAAUUGCAAAACARCAAGUCAUCAGAAAAUUUUAAACUGAGUUACUUAUUGCUUACGGUUCACUACAUCCUAUUACAUACAUAUAUUUAUGUAGCAUAACCUUUAACCGAUAUAUAACCA